GAUACAAAUGCAGGGCUGAACAAAAAUAAAUAUUUGUGAGAUUGUUUGCUUUGGAGAAGGUACUCGUCGUUCCGUUGGACUGUUACUGUUUCGGAUUUGGGGAGUGAAAAUACCUGUACGAUGGAUGACCUGAAGGGAUUCUUGAGGCAAGCGGGACAGGAGUUCCUCAACGCCGCCGGUGAAGCUGCAAUGGGAGCUGCCAAGGAUGUGGUCGGAUCCGUGAUCAACGAGAUCUUCAUCAAGAAGGAGGCCGACACCAAGCGCAUCCUGCCCAGCAUCAAAAACAUGAGAGUACUGGGAGAAAAGAGCUCCAACCUGGGACCCUAUUCCGAAGUGCAGGACUACGAGACCAUCCUCAACAGCUGCAUAGCCAAUGGAUCACUCUUCGAGGAUCCCAUGUUCCCGGCUGCCAAUGAAUCUCUGAUGUUUUCUCGCCGUCCAGAUCGUCACAUCGAAUGGCUAAGACCUCAUGAAAUUGCUGACAAUCCGCAGUUCUUUGUGGAGGGCUACUCCCGUUUCGAUGUCCAGCAGGGAGAGCUGGGCGAUUGCUGGCUCCUGGCUGCCACGGCUAACUUGACCCAGGAGUCCAAUCUUUUCUUCAGGGUCAUCCCCCCGGAGCAGAGUUUCGAGGAGAACUAUGCCGGAAUCUUUCACUUCCGUUUCUGGCAAUAUGGUAAGUGGGUGGAUGUGAUCAUUGAUGACCGUCUUCCCACCUACAACGGGGAGCUGAUGUACAUGCAUUCGACGGAGAAGAACGAAUUCUGGAGUGCCCUUUUGGAGAAGGCCUAUGCCAAACUCCAUGGAUCUUAUGAGGCCCUUAAGGGCGGCAGCACUUGCGAGGCUAUGGAGGACUUUACUGGAGGUGUCAGCGAGUGGUACGACUUGAAGGAGGCUCCGGGUAACCUGUUCACCAUCCUGCAAAAGGCCGCGGAUCGUAAUUCCAUGAUGGGCUGCUCUAUCGAACCGGAUCCAAACGUGCUGGAGGCUGAAACUCCCCAGGGCUUGAUUCGUGGUCAUGCUUACUCCAUCACCAAGGUCUGCAUGAUUGAUAUAGUUACCCCCAAUCGCCAAGGAAAAAUUCCUAUGAUUCGAAUGCGUAAUCCUUGGGGAAAUGAAGCCGAGUGGAAUGGUCCUUGGAGCGAUAGCUCCCCCGAGUGGCGCUACAUCCCAGAGGAUCAGAAGGCGGAAAUCGGACUUACUUUUGACAGAGAUGGAGAGUUCUGGAUGUCGUUCCAAGACUUUCUCAACCACUUUGAUCGUGUGGAGAUUUGUAAUUUGUCACCGGAUUCUCUGACUGAAGACCAACAGAACAGCGGCAAACGCAAGUGGGAGAUGUCCAUGUACGAGGGAGAGUGGACACCCGGAGUGACGGCCGGUGGCUGCCGUAACUUCCUGGACACUUUCUGGCAUAACCCCCAAUAUAUAAUCACCCUGGUGGAUCCCGACGAGGAGGAUGAGGAGGGACACUGCACCGUGAUUGUGGCUCUGAUGCAGAAAAACAGGCGUUCCAAACGCAACAUGGGAAUGGAGUGUCUUACGAUCGGUUUCGCCAUCUACAGCCUGACCGAUCGGGAACUGGAGAACCGUCCGCAGGGUCUGAGCUUCUUCAGGUACAAGUCCUCGGUGGGUCGAUCGCCUCACUUCAUCAACACCCGUGAAGUAUGUGCCCGGUUUAAAUUGCCUCCUGGCCACUACCUGAUUGUGCCUUCCACCUUCGACCCGAACGAGGAGGGAGAGUUCAUCAUUCGUGUAUUCUCCGAAACCCAAAACAACAUGGAAGAGAAUGAUGAUCAUGUGGGUUAUGGCGGCCAGGCCGACACGAUUACACCAGGCUUCCCCACACCGAAGCCUUUGGAUCCCCAGAAGGAGGGCCUGCGGCGUCUAUUCGACAGCAUUGCCGGCAAGGACCAGGAGGUCGAUUGGAUGGAGUUGAAGCGCAUCUUGGAUCACUCGAUGAAGGAUGAUCUGCCAAAACCCGUUGUGUUCAAUCGUUUCUCUCCAAAUAAUGCCUUUGAGACUCAGGCUGGUGGCCCGGGAGACGAUAGUGCUGGAGCUUGUGGUCUGUUGUCCUUGAUUUGCGGACCAUUUUUGAAGGGUACUCCGUUCGAGGACCAGCUGGCAUCCAAUGACCAGUCAAAUAAGAGGCUAAUAGGCGAUAAUCCUGCGGAUGGUGGUGGUCAAGGUGCACCAAGUGCCAUCGUUGAUGAAACACAUGGCUUCUCCAAGGACGUCUGCCGCUCCAUGGUGGCCAUGUUGGACGCAGAUAAAUCUGGAAAACUGGGAUUCGAAGAGUUUGAAGUACUGCUGGCUGAAAUUGCCAAAUGGAAGGCCAUCUUCAAAAUAUAUGAUGUGGAGAACACAGGAAGGAUAUCAGGAUUUCAGCUUCGGGAAGCCCUGAACUCAGCUGGCUAUCACCUGAACAAUCGCGUCCUGAAUGCCUUGGGACAUCGUUAUGGAUCCCGAGAUGGAAAAAUUGCAUUUGAUGACUUUAUUAUGUGUGCAGUGAAAAUCAAGACAUAUAUUGAAAUCUUCAAGGAGAGAGACACCGAGAAGAACGAAACGGCUACCUUCACCUUGGAGGAGUGGAUCGAGCGCACAAUUUAUUCAUAAAAAGCUUUUGAUAUCUUAGUUAGCCAAUCACCCUCGAACAAACAAAUAUCCUUAUGUCUCUCAGUGGUUUUUGUAAUCUCGAAUAUUUUUCAUUAUAUAGUACAAAACAAAACGUUCAUCUGCAGAAACGUUCUCGUUGGAGAAUCUCUCUGAAUUUAUUGACUUGUUAACUCAGCUUCCUGAUUGUACAAGAAUUUGUAAUUUGAGCCAAUGUUAACUUAUUAAAGAAUU